CGUAAUAUGAAAAGAAAUGGGAGUCAUAGCUGUGUAACAAGAAAGAGCCGAUUUGGCUCUCGUGAGCGGGACUGGCUGAAAGGGGACCCAAACCGGGGCUGUGUGUGUUUGUAUGGUGCCACAGUGGACAUGCAGCCAUGUGCCUCUGGAGCUCAGAGCUCAUCCACUCCUCACAACGAUCUGCAGCUAGUGCUGUGUACUACCAGCACUACGAUGCAGGAGCUGUGCGCACAGCGGGACGGGAAAGCUCUGUAUGUACAGCUUCAUGGAGAUUUAGUCAGGAGGCUGGGUCCCUCCGAAAGGCCUCUCCAGAUGGUUUAUGAAUACUUGACAACGAUGGGAUACACAGACCCAGUGCGGAUACAACAAGAAGCUGCCAACUCAGACCUCAGCUGUUUGAUCCGCUUUUACAGUGAGCGCCCAGUGAACGCAGACCAACAGGAGCGCACACUACUCAAAGGCGUGUUCAGUGUGAGAAAAGGAAAGACACAACUGCACAAAUGGGCCGAGAGGCAGGUGAUUCUGUGUGGCACCUGCCUGAUCGUGGCCUCUGUGAAGGACAGCCUCACGGGGAAGAUGCACAUCAUGCCUCUGGUCGGGGGAAAGGUGGAGGAGGUGAAGAGAAGACAGCACUGCCUGAUGUUCAGUUCUGCGGGCUCACAGGCACAGACAUACUUUGUUAAUUUUGACACACUGGCAGACUGCCAGCGCUGGUAUCGACAGGCAUCAAAGAUAGUAUCACAGACAGUCAGUCUGGUGGACCUGUCCUGCUACAGCCUCGAGACAGUGCCUGAAUACCUGUUUUACAGCCAGGAUGUCACUCACCUCAACCUCCGACACAAUUUCAUGACCCUCGAAGGGUCUGGCAGCCUAAUCAAUCUUCCCAGAUUUUCUCAGCUAAAAAGCUUGAACUUGUCCCACAACCGUUUGGGAGUGUUUCCUGAAUGUGUGUGUGAUGUCCUCAGUCUGAACGAGCUCAACCUCUCAUGCAACAAUCUUCACACCAUUCCCUCACAGAUAGGCAAUCUCCUUAGGUAUGAGACGCUAUUUUUGGAUGGGAAUCAUCUGGACUUUCUGCCUGAGGAGCUGGGGAGUCUCUCACAACUCAACAGCUUGGGACUCUCCUUCAACAACUUCUCACAGAUCCCGGCUGUGUUGGAAAAGCUGAGUGGUGUGGACAAACUGGCCAUGGCAGGGAACAGAGUGGAGACUCUGCAGCUCUGUACGUUGAGCAGAAUAAACCAUCUGAAAAACAUAGAUCUCCGUUUGAAUGGAUUACAAUGUGUGAAAAAUGAUAGCCUAGAGGUGGUGAGCCAGGUCACUCAGCUGGACUUGCGGGAUAAUCGUUUGGCUUCAUUGGACCUGAGUUCUAUAUCUAACUUGGAGAUCUUGCACUGCCAGCGCAAUCAGCUGGGGAUGCUCACCAUCAGUGGAUUUACAUUGCGUAUGCUCAAUGCCAGCAGCAACUGCCUUACAACAAUAAGCAUUUACCCUGUCCCUAACCUUCUGACACAUUUGGACCUAUCACAGAACCUUUUGGAGUACUUACCUGACUGGGUGUGUGACUGCAGGAAAAUUGAAAUGGUGGACAUUGCACAUAACCUCCUGUCUGAGCUUCCAUCUAGACUACUCAGCAGUUUAAGUCUGAGGAAAUUGUUAGUGGGAAAUAAUCAUUUGCUGAGAGUGCCUGACCUUCUGGACCACAUCCCUCUGGAGUCUCUGGACCUUCAGCACAACAAGCUCAGCUCACUUCCAGAGAGUCUCUUCUGUAAAGCCUUAAAUCUUAAAUACCUGAACUUGUCGGCCAAUGCCUUGGAGACUAUCCCCUCCUGUAGCCAAUCAGAAGAGAGCCUCAGCACACUCCAGGAGCUGUACCUUACAGGAAAUAAUCUCAAUGAGAACUGCGGCUCUGUGUUGGUUGGGCAUCAGAACCUGCGGGUGCUUCAUAUUGCUUAUAAUCAGUUCCUGUCCUUCCCACCCAGUAAACUAAGCAAACUGGAGUUGUUGGAAGAGCUUAACCUAAGUGGCAACAAACUACAGACAAUUCCCUCAACAGUGUCCAGUUGUAAGAAACUGCAUACACUUAUAGCACACUCCAAUGAUAUUAAUGUCUUCCCAGAGAUACUCAGCCUACCGGAGAUUAAGCUUGUUGACCUGAGCUGCAAUCAGUUGACUGAGAUCCAACUGCCAGAAUCUCUGCCUCCUACUCUGCAGGAGCUUGACUUAACUGGAAACAACAGCCUAACACUUGAGCCCAAAGCCCUCAACCUCUUCAGUCACAUCACAACACUGAAAAUAGACCAGAAGAGCAUCACAACAGGAGAAUUACAGAGCACCUCUACUCCAUGGAAUCAUGGAUUUUCAGAAACUCGUGGCCAAAGGAAUAAGCUGUGUGUGUCUGUCCUGGCAGUAGAUCAGCUUGGAGACAGCGCAGAAGCCUGCUAUGGUGUGUUUGAUGGAGAUCGUAAUGAGGAAGUGCCUCGACUGCUACAGUGCACUAUGGGAGAUGUGCUGUGUGAAGAAAUGCAGCACUGCAGCCUUGAUUCAGUGUACAUGUCCAACACAUUUCUUACAUCUCACAGAAAACUUGGCAUGGCUGGUCAGAAGCUUGGUGCCUCUGCCUUGCUAUGUUACAUCCACCACGAGCCUUCAGAUCUGGGGGGCUACUUCAGUCUUACUGUCGCCAAUGUCGGGACCUGCCAAGCUGUUCUCUGCCGCAAUGGCCAACCAGUAACACUAUCAAAGGUGUACAGCUUAGAGAACUGCACUGAAGAAAUGGAAAGAGUAAAAUUAAGUAAAGCCAUUAUUACAGAGGACAACAAAGUAAGUGGCGUGACAUGCUGCUCUCGCCUGCUGGGCUGUUCGUAUUUGUCUCCAUGGGUACUUCCUAAGCCCUAUGUGCACACAGUACCACUCUGUUCCCAGGACGAGUUCUUGAUCUUGGGGAAUCGUGCUCUGUUUGAACGAGUCUCAUACCAGGAGGCUGUGCUCACUGUGCAGGCUGUGAGAGAUCCACAAGCCGCUGCAAAGAAGCUUUGCUCCCUUGCUCAGAGUUAUGGCUGCAAAGACAACAUUGGUGCUUUGGUUCUGUCGCUACAUGUCGGUGAGGACAGUUGUACAUGUGAACCCCCUCUCACCAUCACAGAUCUACAUCGAGGUCCUCAUACAAACUCUUCAUCUCUAACUGUCCCCCACGGCCCCUCCAAGCCAGCCACUUUGAUGUCCAGCAGUGGUGGUGUUUCAGAGUUGAACAGCGAGGUUUCCCCUUCGGAGGUUGGCAGCGAGGCAGGGUCCACUGCAUCUGAUGAGCAUAUGUCGACUACGGCGCCCCGAUCUGAGAGGAGGUGCAGCAUUCACCCUUCCACUGUCUUGUGUGGGAUCAUGGUGCCAGGAUCAACCAGUCAGCACCCUGGUAUCUUCCAGAGGCAGCCAUCUAGUGCUACGUUCUCAAGUAAUCAGUCAGACAUCAACUUAGACAGUGAUGAUGAGGCCCAAGUUCAAGGAGUAAUAUCAAAUGGCAGCAAGUUGGAAGUUGAAGUAGACAUUCAUUGCUGUGCUUUUCAAUUACGCUCUGGCGUUUCAGACAGGAACAAAAACCCACAUUUUGGAAAGGAGAGUGAUAAACUGUGUAACCAGAACAGUGUUGUAGAAUCAGCUACUAAUGGCUGUCUAUUAGCUGUCUGUGGGCGAGAAAUUGUAGACCUCAAAAAGUCCCCUUCCACUUCCUGCCUGUUUGGAAAAAAACUGUCUAAUGGCUCAGUUGUUGCACCUGAGGAUAGUCAUAAUAUCAUUGAGGUGGCACUGGAGGCCCCUAAGAAGAAGUCUGGUUACUUUACUGCCCCAGCACAGCAGGACCCAGAGGACCAGCUCAUUGUACCUCCUUGUCUGGAGCAGGAGGUCCGAGAGCAGCUCAGAGGGCAGACUCCUGUAGUGUCAUGCCUUUCAACUGCAUCCAUAACCUCUGCACUGAGCAGUUCUGUGUGGCCCUCAGUAUUUACACAACCACUGGUCUCUGCUCCAGGCCCCUCCCCUAUGAUACAGCAGGAAGUGUAUGACACUGCCCUCUAGUGUGCCAUACAAGUGCUGCAUCUGGCUGAACUGUUCUGGAUUAAUUUUAUUCAAGCAGAUAAUUAAGCUGCAAUACUUAAACUUUCUACUACUACACUUAAAACAUGACGCUGCUUUGAGGUACUGGUGUACAAAUAUUUGAAUCCAUACAAUAUAUUGGUUGUGAGGAAAGAAAAAUAACUGUUUUCACUUGUGACAUGGUCUUAUAAAAUGUAUGUCUUUGCCAUACUUGAACAAGCCUUGAAAUUAGAUGUUGUACAUGUCUAUUGUCUGCACUGAUUCCCUUUACUUAGAUGCUCAAGCAAUUGCAAAGCUUCUGUAAAAGACAUUUCUUCCCAAUGGACUCAGGUCCCAGAGAGCUGCACUGUAUCUCAAAACUCAAACUGAAAAGUGCCUAUGGUUUAAAACUCAUAUGUUUUAAAACUCAUAUGUUUUAGGUAUGUUAAUUAGUGUAUGUAAUAUGAGUGCAAUUGAUAAGGCAAAGAUAUCUACUUUUUUCAGAAGAAAAAACAACUACUCCAUUUUAUCCUCCGUUUAUCUUUAUGUUUAUACAUAGUAGUAUAUUAAGAGUGGACACCUGAUAAAAAGCAACAAAAUAGACAACUUAACUCUUCCCUUGUGGAUGAAUAAAGAUUGUCUAUAAGUUACUUGUUGACAGAAGUGCAAGUUUAGUUAUUUGGAAACCGAAACCCCCUCUACUUUUACAACAAUAUUUAAUUAUUAUUUAUAAGACUGAUAUUGCUUUGUCUACUGUAGAGCAUUACAUUAUUUUGUGUCUUUUAGAUCAGUUUUAGUCACCAAAUACUUCAGGUAUGACAAACUCAAACCUUAGUUUAUUCUUCAAAUCCCCUGCCUUGUGCCAAAAAGCAAACAACCUCCUACAGAGAGAUAGCUCACUAUAAUAUAAAUUUUAAUGGCUAUUGUGUUUUAGAUACAGCAUCAAGGUAGAGCUGGGCAAUAUGCAAAAGUAACAAAUUGUGUUUUCUCAUCUUCAUAUUGAUCUAUCUUGAUUUUCAAUUCCAUUUUAUUUUGUUUUUUCAAAAACAAAAUACAUUUUAUUUAUACAA